AGAUUCUCUUUCCUACUUUGAAACCACAAACUCCCCUCUCUGUUUCAACUUUCACUUUGCAUCUUCUUUUGAAACCUUGACGAGUUCAGUUUCUAGGUGUUUGUAAUAAAUGGCUUUGGUUACAACUGCUGAAGUGUGUGAUGCAAAUCCACAGCUAAUUGUAGGUGGUGAACUUCGGGCCCUCCAACCGAUAUUUCAAAUAUAUGGUCGUCGCCCGGUCUUUUCCGGACCAAUAGUUACUCUUAAAGUGUUUGAAGACAACGUUUUGAUCCGUGAGUUCCUCGAGGAGAAGGGUAAUGGCAGAGUUCUGGUUGUAGAUGGGGGUGGUAGUUUAAGGUGUGCCAUACUUGGAGGCAACCCUGUGGUUCAAGCUCAGAAUAAUGGAUGGGCUGGAAUAGUGGUUAACGGCUGCGUAAGGGAUGUCGAUGAGAUUAAUGGUUGUGACAUUGGGGUCAGAGCUCUUCAUUCUCAUCCGAUGAAGGCCAAUAAGAAGGGAAUUGGGGAGAAACAUGUCCCAAUAACCAUUGCUGGGACUAGAAUCUGCGAUGGGGAGUGGCUUUAUGCAGACACCGAUGGUAUCCUCAUCUCAAGAUGGAGUUAUCGGUUUGACUUUAUGCCAUUCCACACUGGUAAGCUAUGUAAUGUGUUUCUGCCAUUCCACACUGGUAAGCUAUGUAAUGUGUUUCUGCCAUUCUGUUCCUGAGUUAAGAUUUCGAACCACGGAUAAAGAUGUGUGAUGUACUAUUAACUCUAGAUGAUGAAUGUAUGCUAGUCUGUAAUAAUGUUUUUGAUAAAUGAGAAUGGUUAAUAAUUU